AUGGAGGUCUCCUCUCAACCCCCCCAGCUGGAGAAGCCACCCCCCUCUGUAAGGCACCAACCGGAUGAAGUGAACGCCACACAUGAUGGAGACCCCCCCAAUGGAGAGCAACGCAGCAAACGCAACUACGUUGAUGCGAUUUAUAGAAAGGAUGUGACUCACCAAAUGGAGGUGGGUUCACUUAGCGAAGGGGAGAAAAGCAAUACGCCCCCCUGCAGCUGUAGGGUAAAUCCAGAGGAGGAGGAGCAACACACUGGUGGGAGCAAAAUGGAGAGUAACUACUCAAAUGAUGAUGGCAGUGAAGGAAGAGGGAACAUCAUUCCCCCAGAUGAGGAGAGCCUAUCAAAUGGCAUUAAAGAAAAACAGGGAGACCAGCUCAUGGAGACGCUUUACCCUAAUGAGGAAGAAAAAGCAGAUGAGUCCCCCGAGAGCGAUAGACAAUGUGUGUCUCCCCCUCACUUGGUGAAAUGCGAAAGGAGGUACUCAUCCGAGGGGGGAAUCGGAAUGGGCCACAGAAGUGUGGACAGCGGUGUGGGCAGCGGUGUAGACAGCAGUGUAGACAGCAGUGGGGACUUCUCCAUCCUGCACAAUGAAUCCAUCAACGAGGUCCAGUGCGAUCCGCAUGAACAGAACAGCAGCCAGGCAAACCGUGCGAACAGUGCCAACGACGGAAAUGCGCAGAAGCUGGGGGGCAACAGCUCCGAAGCGGAAACGGAAAGUGGGAACUGUUCGACGUGCUGCCAAAGUGAGGAGGGGGAGAAACUCCAAAAGGGCUAG